AGGAAGUUUGAACGGAGACGCUAGGAGAGAAAGUUCACCCGGAGCGGCAGCGUUUGGAGCGGGAAUAAUACGAUAACAGCCGCCGCUGGUGGACCGGAGCUGGAAGAACGCGCGCUUUGAACGCGCUUGGAUGCGUGUUGCGGCGUUGAAGAGGUGUAAAGUGGAUUCGUGUGCCCGUGUGAUCGUCUCUCCGCCGCACCUCCUCGCAGUGAGAUGGGGAAGGAGCAGGAACUGCUGGAGGCGGCGCGCACCGGGAAUCUGGCCGCCGUUGAGAAGCUCCUGUCCGGGAAGAGACAAUCGGCUGGUUCGGGCGCUGCGGGUGGUGGCGGUUCGUCCGGGAAUGUCGGGAGCAGCGGGCACAGCGCCUCCCACCCGCUCUCCAGUCUGCUCAGUAUCUGGAGGGGACCAAAUGUGAACUGUGUGGACAGCACUGGAUACACACCUCUACACCAUGCUGCUUUAAAUGGACACAGUGCGGUUGUGGAGGUAUUGCUACGGAACGAGGCUUUGACUAACGUCGCUGAUAACAAGGGCUGUUAUCCUCUUCACCUGGCGGCGUGGAAGGGAGACCAGCGUAUCGUCAAACUACUCAUCCAUCAGGGUCCAUCUUACCCCAAACUCAAUGAACAGAGCUCUCUAGACUACAAAGAGUUCAAACGCUGUGGCCCAUUUGACCCCUAUAUUAAUGCCAAGAAUAAUGACAACGAGACGCCGUUGCACUGUGCGGCUCAGUACGGUCACUCUCAGGUGGUGCAGUUACUGUUGGAGGAGUUGACCAAUCCCACCAUGCGCAAUAACAAGUUUGAGACGCCACUCGAUCUGGCCGCACUGUACGGCAGGCUGGAGGUGGUCAAACUUCUGCUGAGUGCUCACCCCAAUCUACUCAGCUCCAACACCAAGAAACACACCCCUCUCCACCUGGCCUCCCGCAAUGGACACCUGUCCGUGGUGGAAGUGCUGCUGGCCGCCGGCGUGGAUAUCAACUACCAGACAGAAAAAGGCAGUGCCCUACAUGAAGCUGCUCUUUUUGGAAAGACAGAAGUGGUACAAAAGCUUCUCAGUGCAGGAAUUGAUGUGAAUAUCGUGGACAGUAAGAAUCUAACAGCGCUGGACACUGUUAGAGAUAUGCCCUCUCAAAAGAGCCGACAGAUUGCCGCGCUUAUACAAGCUCAUAUGAGUGGCCAUCAAUCAGACAUGAGCCUCCCCCCUCCACCAGUGCCUCCACCUCAAGACAACCUGAGCCCCAAGAGAAAAGGAGAAAUGGAGCAGCAGGUGAGUGAGUUGAUUUCUGGUUUGGCUCCAGCCCCUGUUGAAGAGAGUCCAUAUGAAGCUCUGUUUGAAGCUUCAUCGUGUCACUCGCUCGACAGUCUCGCUAGCGGAAAAUCAUCGGACAGAGACUCCGGACGACCGGAUAGCGAAGCUGGGAAGAAAGAGCAGCAUCCUCCUCAGAGUCAGUCUGCUCAUGCACAGGAAGAGGAUCUCAGCUCUGAGGCGGUUUACACCAACAGCAGUGUGGAUGAACGUGUUGAGCUGCUGGAGGAGGAGGACCACACAUAUGAACUGUUGCUCACUGCACAGACCAAGAUUCCCAACACAACACACAACAAAACAGAUGAGGAAGUCUCAGCCAAGUCUUCCAACGGCGUUCUACCUCAGCAGAAGACCACCGCACACAUUGACCUACGACCUCCAUCAUCUAACACAAACACACUGCAGCCACCUGCACCUACGUUUAGCACAGGCCAGACGUCUGGAGAGAGCUCAUCGCACAGUCAGGAUAUAAGCGGCAACGUCCCUGAGCAGUUCACUGGUCUGCUUCACGGUUCGUCACCGGUGGUCGACUGUCGGGAGGAAGCUUUCAGACUGCCGUCUUCUGCAGUGAAGUCCACUGAGGGUGCCAACACUUCGACAUCCAAAAGCUCCGCCCCUCUUCCCCAUCCCACCUCAGCCACCAUGGAAGCUGUUCUUCAGCACAACGACCCCAACGCUAUCUACGCCACAGUUCACAAAGAGCCACGGGACUCGACUAAACACAGCUCGCCAGCUCGUGAUUCAGCGUCGCCGAGGAGGAUGCCUCCCCCAGGUGAUCUCAAGCUAGCUCGGAGUCUUUCAAAAUCCGACUCGGACCUUCUCGUGUCCCCGCCCGGCGAGGAAGAGACUGGGUUGGGUGGACGAAGUGAGUCUGUGUCCAACUGCAGCACUGCCAAGAGGAGUCUAGAAAAAUCACCUUCGUUCACAUCAGAAUGGGACGAGAGACACAGGCAUUCUCUCUCUAUUCCAUGGAGACGCCGGCCUACCCAAAAAAUUGAGAAGAUUAUGACUCUCAUCGGAGCCGGCAUUGAUUUCUCCAAAGACCAGGAGUGCCCUGCUUCAGGUGGAGCCGGGCGACUAAUUGAUCAGCCGGUUGGUGAUUGGUUGGAGCAUAUAGGCCUUCCACAGUAUGAGAGUAAGCUGCUGCUCAAUGGCUUUGACGACCUGCGGUUCAUGGGAAAUGACAUAAUGGAAGAGCAAGAUCUGAGAGAAAUAGGCAUCACAGAUCCAGGACAUCGUAGGAAGAUCCUGAACGCUGCUCGCUCUUUUCCAAAGGUGAAAGCAUUAGGCUGUGAUGGCAGCACAUCUCUCGCUGCCUGGUUGGACAUCUUGGGUCUUCAGGAAUAUUUGCACAACUUCCUGUCCAGUGGCUUUCGCACAUUAGACUGUGUGAAGAAUCUUUGGGAACUAGAGAUUGUUAAUGUGCUAAAGAUCACCUUGUUGGGCCACAGGAAAAGGAUCAUUGCAUCAUUAGCUGAACGACCCUAUGAGGAGCCUCCCGUCAAACCACCCCGCCUCUCGCAGAUCAGAUGUCAGGAUCUGAUGUCCCAGACGUCCUCUCCUCUUAGUCACUCUGAAUCGUACACACACUCUAUGGACCCUCUGUUGGCUGUAGGGGAUUCUGGGAGGAGGAGAGGUCCCGACUCAGACUAUGAUCUGGCCAUCCGACAACGACCCAAUGACAGACCGCAACCACAGGAGAGCUAUGAGGAAAGUCAACGGGAACCUCGAUUGACCUUACGACCCCCAAGUCUGGCAGCACCGUACACCCCGGUCCAGAACUGGCACCAUCAGCCCGAGAAGCUCAUCUUCGAAUCGUGCGGUUACGAGGCCAACUAUCUCGGCUCAAUGCUGAUUAAGGAGCUCAGAGGAACAGAGUCAACGCAGGACGCCUGUGCUAAAAUGAGGAGGUCGACAGAGCAGAUGAGGAAGAUCCCCACGAUCGUCCUCUCCAUCACGUACAAGGGUGUGAAAUUCAUUGAUGCUGCCAACAAGAACGUCAUUGCAGAACAUGAGAUCAGGAACAUCUCAUGUGCAGCUCAGGACCCAGAGGACCUCUGCACGUUUGCUUACAUCACUAAAGACCUGCAGAGCAGCCAUCAUUACUGCCACGUCUUCAGCACCGUAGACGUGAAUCUGACCUAUGAGAUAAUUCUGACCCUGGGACAGGCGUUUGAAGUAGCCUAUCAGCUGGCACUGCAGGCCCAGAGGACCAGACAGCAGCAGAGUGCAGCAGGAGGGGCGGAAAUCAUCGAGACCAAGAGCAGCAGACCCAUCCCCAAACCACGAGGGAGUAUGCGCAAGUCAGGGGUAGAGGCAAUGGAUGUGGACCCUCACGGUCAGAGCAGCACUGAGUGGAUCAUGGACUCCAAAGAUCCCAAACGCACCGUUAGCACCAAGUACGAGACCACCAUAUUCUGAUUGGACGUUCCUCUGCUCCCCCACGUCCCCUCCCCUCACACCUUUUCCAUUUGCUCUGUGCCUUCACUCUCUAGAUAGACUGUGAUCUCCCCUCGUCGCCAUGACCGAAUUCCUUCUUUCUUGCUCUCCUCUGCACAUGGAAGCCACCUCUCCCUUCACCUGUUCUUUUCUCUCUGCCUGUCUUGCACAGUCCUGCUGAAGUCUACCUUUUUUUUUGUGCUCUUGCUGUCCAACAAUCCUUUGAGGUCCUACUCGUCUAAAACAAACUCUUUCUGAGCAAACACUUUCCCUCAAUAUCUCUCUGCCCCUCUAAGAACCUUCCAGAUUCUCAGUCCUAAAAUAGCUUGUUAAGUUCUUAUAGGUAUACCGCUCAUUAUAGAAACAUUCUCUACCCUUUAGUCUCACCAUAACUGCCGAUUUAUGUCCUCCUUCCCCUUUGGUGACAGAAUCAACUGGGUUUUUUUUUUUUUUUUUUUUUUUUUACCAGGUUUAGAUCCCGGACGAGCCCCCGAUUUUUGCACUCUGCUGCUUUUUAAACACAGGGCAAUCAUUGCCAGGUUUUAACAGUAGAAAUUAACAUGUUAAGAUGUAACACAUAACCAAAGACAAGCUUUGCUCUGGACCAGAACAUCUGUUUUCAAAUCUGAAGAAACUAAAACGUGUAACAUUUCCUACUCCAUGCUGCCAAUGGACUUUCACCUUCAUCAUCCUUAAUGAUGUUUUUUCCUCUUAAUGUGUUUAUCUUUCUUUUUUCCUCUUCUCUGAUGCUUGUCUCUAUCAGGCGUCGACCACAGUGAGGCACUGCUGAAGAACUCAUUCACAUCCUCUUCCUCCUUCAGUUUGAACUAAAACUCCUGAGCUGUACUAAACAUGUAGCAUCAGAUCAAAAGUAUCAACACUGCCAAGGAUUACAAUAGCAAACAUUGUGACAUUUAGUAUUUUUUGUUGUUGUUUUGUUACAGCCUGGCCUCAUCAUUUUUCCCAUGGACUAUCAGGACUAGAUGGGUUUUCAUUGUCAUUUAUGUUAAUAUGCAUCUCUAAUAGAUGAUCUCACUAUAUUUUAUGUCCAGAUUGGAUGUUAGACAGCUGGUAGAUGCUACCUUUAGUGUUCAAGAAGAUAACUGAGUUGGGAAUCGAAUGACUUCACUGUAAAUUUAAUUUUGCUGCCAAAUAUGGAUUUGCGUUUAGCACUGUGAUAUGACGUAUUGUCUUAAGUCUCAAAUAGUAGACCAGGCUGGGCCUAAAUGUCUAACAAAUCACAAAGAUGAACACUCACUGAGCUCUUUAUUAGGAACACCUAUACACCUACUUAUUCAUGCAAUUAUCUAAUCAGCCAAUCGUGUGACAGCAAUGCAAUAAGCUUCAGUUAAUGUUCACAUCAACCAUCAGAAUGGGGAAAAAAAUGUGAUCUCAGUGAUUUCGAUCAUGGCAUGAUUGUUGGUGCCAGAUGGCUGGUUUGAGUAUUUCUGUAACUGCUGAUCUCCUGGGAUUUUCAUGCACAACAGUCACUAGAGUUAAUUCAGAAUGGUGCCAAAAACAAAAACAUUGUUUUGAUCUUGUUGAUGAGAGAGGUCAAUAGAGAAUGGCCAGACUGGUUCGAGCUGACAAAAGGCUACAGUAACUCGGAUAACCACUCUUUACAAUUGUAGUGAGCAGAAUAGCAACUCAGAAUGCACAACACGUCGAACCUUGAGGCGGAUUGGCUACAACAGCAGAAGACCACGUCGGGCACUUUAUAAGCACCAUAGUGUUCCUAAUAAAGUGCUCAGUGAGUUUAUCUGAAAAGAACAAAAUUAAUAUUGACUGCUUUUUUUUUAGGCGUUAUCAAGUGGUACUAGCAGAAUAAGCAUCGUGAAAUCAGUGACGUUUAGAACGUCGGUUUCGCACAAGAGUGUCAUGGCACAUCACCCUGAGAUGUUGCUUGGAAAUGCUGUUUUGUCUAUAAUUUUCCUGGAUUUUAAGAUAGAAAUUUAAUCAGAUGUACUAGCCUUAUCAACAUGCAAUCUAUGUGAUUCCAAUCUUCAUGCAAUCAUGUAAAGGAUAGGUGCUUAAACCUUUACAAAUAUGUAGAACUUACCGGAAAUAAAUCGCAUCACAAGGUUAUCGAGAUUAUACCAUUGACACACUGGUAGCCAGUUUCUGCCCAUUUUUUGUCAAAUCCCAUUACAGUUGGGAUAAUUAUGGAGAGAUGACUCAAUCAAUGUAGUAAUUGAACAUGUAUGGUCAUACAGAAGUUAUUUAUUGCCAUAAUCAGCAUCUUAAUGUUUGUUACCACAGAAAAUAAUUUGUUUCUCAUAUUUAAAAAGAAGCAAAAAUCACAAUUACAUUGAGGCACUUACAAUGGAAGUAAAUGCGGCCAGUCCAUAAACAUUAAAAUACGCACAGUUUCAAAACUAUAUCCACAAGACGUAAAUAUUAUACAUGUUAACAUGACUUUUGUGUGAUAAAAUCUAUUAUGAACUUUUUCUGUGUAAAGCUAUAUCCAACAGUACAACUUUGUUGCCUUGAUGACACAAUGCUGGUAUACCCUGUAUUUGAUUUUAUGACAAUAAAAUCUUGCUAAUGCAUAAUGUUUAUGUCUUGUUGCUAUACUUUUGAAAGAGUGUGUACUUUAGCAUUUAUGGACUGGCCUCAUUCACUUCCAUAGGAAGUGCCUAACAGCACACCAUGAUUUUUGCUUAUUUUUAAAUAAACGAGGGACGAGUUGAAAUUAUUUUCUGUUGUAAACAGCAAUAUGCUACAAAGGCUGUCUACCUUGUGUUGAACCUGGAACUUUUCUUUAAUUAGACUAAAAUCUACUUUUAUUGCCUGCUUCUCCUUCCUGCAUGAAAUUUUACUUAUUUCCUUUUUAUGUCAUUCGGUUUGUUCUGUUUCCGUGCAAAAAUCCUAUGUCCUCUGAUACAAACUUUUCCCAUUGGAAUCCACGAGGUAGCCAUUUGUAAUGCCUAAUAAAAAUGCCUGAUUGAUAAAUGCCUUGAUUGCCCAAUCAGAAUAGAGUAUUCCAAAUAGCGGUGUUUUAAUAAUAAUAGCUAAUUAAAGUAUAUCCUUUGACAAUUUAAUAUCAUUAUAUGAUUCAAUGAAAAAAAUUGGUAUUACCAUAUUUAUCAUUGAGAGUGCAAAGUCAUGGUUUGAUAUGAUUAUGUGUAGUAUUUUGCAUUGGGUGUACUAGCUUAGCAUGCUAAUCGGUUGACAUGCUAACUAUAAGCUAACUGAAAACAUAAAAGGGAGAAAUGUUUAACACUUUUUUGAUUGUUAUAUUGAGUUAAAUAAACAGUGGCAUACAAACUAAAAUAACACCAGAAACAUUUAUAAUAAAAACAGGGUAAAAUCUG